AGGCAAGUUAGUUUUGUUAGUCAGUGUAAAAGUUAAGCAGCAAAGCGCGCGCACCCAUGCAGUUACAUGACUCUUCUCAGCAUCUUUAAUGUUAUAUGUGGAAUGAUUUCAGCUCAUCAUAAAGAUACAUUUUCCUCCGACGAUGAUGAUGAAGGUUCACGGUCAUCUCCGACGGAGCGUUCAGUCCGGACUCCAAGUCUUUCAUUCAGCGUUGAGUCUCUCAUGUCGAAGAACCGAACAAAAAGUGAAUUAAGUUCCCCGGAGUCGAUUCGGAUGCCAUGCAUAAUAAAUCGGGAUGAUCGAUCAGUGAUAGCCAAAUAUUCAGAAGUGCCAGAUUCAAUGGAUUUUCCCAAAGAUUGUUUCUCCGUCAAUAAAGACUCCUUAUCCUUAAUCAGUAAACCCAGGUCAUCAACACCACCACGACCACAGAGUCCCACUACAUGCGCUCUCCGAAAACACAAGACCAACCGUAAACCUCGAACCCCUUUCACCACCACUCAGCUCCUGGCCCUCGAGCGGAAGUUCAGACAGAAGCAAUACCUGUCUAUCGCAGAGAGGGCCGAAUUUUCUAGCUCUCUCAGCCUGACUGAGACGCAGGUGAAGAUCUGGUUCCAGAACCGGAGGGCGAAGGCCAAACGACUUCAGGAAGCAGAGCUGGAGAGGCUUAAAAUGACCACCAAACCUAUUUUACAUCCUGGCCUCACUCUUUCAUUUCCACUCUGUACCCAACCCCAGACAGCAGCGCUAUUCUGCGGACAGUCUUUCCCCUUCCACAGACAUAUAAUGCCCAUUCCACCUGUUGGAAUAUAUUCAACCACAGUGGGCUACAAUAUGUGUCCUCUCUCCAAAGAUGGGUACUCUGUAGAGUCAGUCUAGAGGAUCUUAUCAGAACUAUUGCAUUAAUUUUAAUAAUUGUCAUGGAAACACCUGGUUAAUCUGCUGGACGUAUUGACAUUGCUUAAAUGUUAAAAGGUGGUAAUUGAGGUGUGAUGCAUCAUUUCAUAUAUUCUUAAAAUUAGUUUUAUUUUUAUUUUGUAAAUGCAAUAUUUACAUUCGAAUAUGCCAAGGAUGCACUCAAGAAGACAAUUUUAUGUAUUUCAAUUUUGUUACAAGAUUCAGUUCAAUUGAACUGAGUAAUCUUUAAUCCUUUAUUUUUGUUAUACAUUACACAAUUCAGUUUGAUGGAAUUUUGUUAUGAAAUUAAAAUGCGUAAAUCUUAAAAAUAGGUUCAAAUAUUUUUGUGGUUUAUAAAUUUGUAUCAGCACAAAAUCUAUGGUAAAAUAUUAAUAUGAUAAAAUAUUACCCAAUAUUUAGAGACAUUGUGACAUAUUUUUACAUAUAUCUUUUAAUUUACACAUAUAAUUCAUUGCCUUUGUGAAUGAAAAUAAGUGUAAUUUAAAAAGUAAAAUUACACACACACACACACACAUACACCGAUCAGCCACAACAUUAAAACCACCUGCCUAAUAUUGUGUAGGUCCCUCUCGUGCCGCCAAAACAGCGCCAACCCGCAUCUGAGAUGCUAUUCUUCUCACCACAAUUGUACAUCUCGGUUAUCUGAGUUACUGUAGACUUUGUCAGUUCGAACCUGUCUGGCCAUUCUCUGUUGACCUCUCUCAUCAGCAAGGCAUCUCAGUCCACAGAACUGCCACUCACUGGAUGUCUUUGGCACCAUUCUGAGUAAAUUCUUGAGACUGUUGUGUGAGGAAAUCCCAGGAGAUCAGCAGUUACAGAAAUACUCAAACCAGCCCAUCUGGCACCAACAAUCCUGCCACGGUCCAAAUCACUGAGAUCACAUUUUUUCCCUAUUCUGAUGGUUGAUGUGAACAUUAACUGAUUGCAUGAUUUUAUGCACUGCACCACUGCCACACAGUUGGCUGAUUAGAUAAUCGCAUGGAUGAUUGUUGGUGCCAGAUGGGCUGGUUUGAGUAUUUCUGUAACUGCUGAUCUCCUGUGAUUUUCACACAACAGUCUCUAGAAUUUACUCUGAAUGGUGCCAAAAACAAAAAACAUCCUGUGGGCGGCAGUUCUGCUGGAAAUGGCUUGUUGAUGAGAUGCAGGUUGGCGCUGUUUUGGCAGCACAAGAGGUACCUACACAAUAUUAGGCAGGUGGCUGAUUGGUGUAUAUAUAUAUACACUACCAGUCAAAAGUUUUGAAACACUUACUUAUUCUUUAUUAUAUAUAUAUAUAUAUAUAUAUAUAUAUAUUUUUUUUUUUUUCACAUUUUAGAAUAAUAGUAAAGUCAUCAAAACUAUGGAAUAACAUAAAUGGAACUAUGGGAAUUAUGUUGUGACUAAACAAAAUCCAAAAUAAAUCAAAACUGUGUUAUAUUUUAGCAUCUUCAAAGUAGUCAACCUUUACCUAGAAUUUGCAGACAUGUACUCUUGACAUUUUCUCAGCCAACUUCUUGAGGUAUCACCCUGGGAUGCUUUUUAAACAGUACUGAAGGAGUUCCCAUCUAUGUUGGGCACUUAUUGGCUGCUUUUCUUUAUUAUUCGGUCCAAGUCAUCAAUUUCAAAAACUGUUUUUUUUUUAUUUUUUAUUAAAUUUUAGAUUUAUAAUUAAAUAAAUUCAUAUGGUGGCACAAUUAUAUUUUUGUCUACAAAACUAAUUUCAAACAUUUAAGUAUACGCCUUCAGAUCAAAAGAUUUUUAAGAUCAUGAGAAACAUUUCAGUCCAGUGUUUCAAAACUUUUGACCGGUAGUGUAUAUACAUACAGUACAGUGUAAAAGUCUUGGGCACAUAAGAUGUUUCACAAAAGCAUUUGUCUUAAGAUGGUUAUUUAUAUCUUCAACUUUAGUGUGUCAAUAGAAAAUAUAAAUGUUAGACUCCCAAACAUUACUUUUGCAAAUAGAAAAGAUUAGAAUAGAAGAACAGGGAGCCCUGCAACAGAUGUCAUGUCCCCCACAAAGCCCCCCACUGAACAUCAUGUCAGUCUAAGAUUACAUAAAGAGACAGAAUAUAUUGAGACAGCUUAAAAAGAUAGAAGAACUGUGGCGAAUUCUCCAAGAAGCUUGGAACACCCUAUCUGCCAACAACCACGACAAACUGAGUCCAGGUGUACCUAGGAGAAUUGGGGCUGUUUUAAAGGCAAAGGUGGUCACACCGAAUAUUGAUUUAGCUUUUUUAUGUUUACUGGACUUUGUAUGACAUUAAGUGUAAAUGAAAACUAUUUAUGUCAUAAUUUUUCCUUACUAUGCAACAUUUUUCACAAGUGCCUAAAUCUUUUGCACAGUACUGUAUAUAUAUAUAUAUAUAUAUAUAUAUAUAUAUAUAUAUAUAUAUAUAUAAAUUUAGCUCUGAGGAGGUGUGAGUGUUUUAGGGAAGCUUUGGGGGAAGGAGUUCAGCUCACCCUUCAAGCCUCAGGAUUGCUAAUGCUUUUUAAAUUGAGCUGCCGAAAAGAGGCUUUUAAGCACCUAUAAUCAGUGGAAAUGUUGAGGUUGACCUGUUCAGCUCUCUUCAUGCUGGUGGUCCCAGGAAAGUUAAUUAAACGGUGUUAUUACACAGCGUGCUAAAACACUCGCUCAGCCAUGUAGGUAUUUUAGUUAGUAAAUCUCCCUGUGUGCUGCAACAGUGGAAUGUGUCGACCUAUCACAUUUCUACAAUGAUCUUAAUCCCCUUUAUGUAUCAUUCAAGAUGGAUUUAUUGCCUUUGUUGUACAGCUGGCUUUCCAUUAAAUAAUCUAUA